AUGGAUUCCGGACUGGUAAAACAAUUUAAUGAAAUUAAUGAAAAGAAUGAAAGGUUGAAAGAGGAAAAUGAGAAACAAAAGAUUGAAUUCGUUAAAUAUAGACAAACAGUUGAAACAAAACAUGAAGAGUAUAACGAGUAUAUUGAUAAAUUAAAAGAAGUGAUUAAUAAAUUAAAAGAAAACUGCGACAGGUUAAAUAAAGAAACGGAACAUUAUCGUAAUAAAUUUACCAGUUAUCAACGAGAAAUUGAACCAAGAUAUAAAGAAGAAGUUAAGAAAUUAAGACAAGAAAAAGAACUUUAUCAGAAUGAAUUAACCAAAUAUCAACAAGUAAUUAUACCAAAAUACAACGAAAAUAUUAAUAAUUUGAAAAAAGAAUUCUCUAUUGUUUAUGAAAAAUCCAGUACCGAAGUUACUAAAUUACAACAAUCUAAUACUCCUUCAUCAUAUCAAUCAGCUUUACGAAGUGCAGAAUCAUCAUGUUACAAUUUGAGAGAUGGAGAUAGGAAUGAUCCAGUUCAACUUACUAAUGAUUUAAGAUCUUUGCAGGAAAGAAUUGAGAGAUAUGUAACAACUUUGAAAGGUGCCGUGGUGGUUGAUAAUGAGAAAGUUCUAGAAUUAUUCAAGAAAUAUAAUUUAAAGAUUGAAAACCAAACAACUCAAGACAAACUUUUGAUGAAAUCAGUUUUACAACGUUAUGUGCUGGAAAAAGUUCUCGAAUAUGCAGAUGAAUAUCUUAAUAACAUCAAUGAUCCUUGCAAUCAAGAGAAACAAAUCAUGAAUCACGCAGAUGGAUUGUUAAAUAUUCUUGGUAAAUUUCAUCGUAAUCAUUUAAUUAAAGAUAAUAAAAAUAAAUUUACUACAGCAAGAAAAAUUCAUGAACAAGUUUAUGGUUUAUUGGGUGAACAUGGAUUCUCUGAUAUCUAUGAUGAAAAUAAUGAUAGUAGCAAUAGCAGUAAUGGUGACGACAAUAAACAGCUUCAAUCAACCAAACAUCCAUUUGUAUCAUCUGCAGUACAAAAACUCAACGCAUUAAUGACUGAAUAUCGUCUGAUCAAGGAUGUAAAUAAGAGGAGAUACACGGAAAAUAUGGCAGAAAAUAUUAUUAAAGAUAUUGUUAGAAUUUUCAGGUUUCGUUUGUUGAUAAAUGAACCAAGAUUUGAAUUGUAUUGGUUUAAACGUAACGAAAAAAUCAAGCCAGAUCUUAUGAGAGGUACAUGGGACGAUGAUUGUUUGGAGGAUUAUGUUGUGGAUAUUUGUUUCUUCCCGUUAAUUGGAACAAAUCUUAAGGAUAAUAAUAAAAAUAAUGAUUUAGAUUGUAAAAUUCUCACUUAUGCAAAGGUUUAUUCUCGAUCCAUUAUAAAUUCUCAUGGAGAAGAAAGUUUGGAAGUGGAUGAGAAAAAGGCAUCUUCAGAAAAUAAUAAUAAUAAUGGCAUUAUAGCCAAUAUGCUGAAAAAAGUUAUUGGAAGACACGAAUCAACCGAUCAGCAAAAUGGUGAAAAUCAAGACGGUAAUAACUCCAUCUCUUCAUCUGUUCCACAGGACAAGAAGGCUAAAAUUCCAACAAAAAAUAAUGACGGUAACGAUAAUCCUUCUUUAUCCAACAAUAAUGUAAAUAGUUCAAAAAGCAAUGAUCUGAAGAAUAAUCAUCAAGAAAAAAAAGGUAGUAAUCAAGAAAAUGAAGAUAGUGAUAGUGAUAGCGAUGAUAACUAUAAAGACUUGGAUUAUGAUAAAAUAGAUCGUGAUGAGUCGUAUUAA